CCCACAUGCGACAUCCACUCCUCUCCCACAGACUCCCGAUGUCGUAAUCACUCCAAAGCCGGAUAUGCUUCUUCUGCUGCGGGGAGAAAACGCAAAGGAGGGUUAGAGGACCGCAUUGGGAAAAGAAAAAGGAAAAGAGAGAGAGGAGGAGGAGAGGAGGAGGAGGAGAGAGGGCGGUGCAGAGCUGGAGCUGCUUUUUUAGGCUUUUUUUAUUUUAUUAUAAGGAAGCCACAAAGUUGAUGAAGAGGAGAAAAGGGAUGGUGAAGGUUUUGGCUGCUCCUCACUGCAACUUGCUAUCAGACUCCAGCAGGAAGAAGUGACUGACCAGCAGGCAGGAGAUGCCUCUGCCCCAGGGCAUGCUGCUCUGCCUGGGCUUCGUCCUGAUGACCGCUGGGGGGGUCACGGCCCUGUGCGUCGGGCUGCCCCAGCAGUCCGCCCCACUCUUUGCUCUUGGGUUGUUCCUUGGCAUGGGAGGCGUGGCCCUGCUGGUCAGUGGACUCUGCAUGGCCAUGAAGAACCUGCAGGUGGCAGUGCCCAGACACUCACUCCUGCACCCACGCACGGGCACGCGCUUCAGCCCGCAGCAGGCCCUGGCUAUACAAAGGAGGUUGGACCGAAUUCGUCGAGAGAUGUCGGAGGACUCCGUCAGCAGGGCGCCGGAGCCUGAACCCCCCCUCCCAUCGACCCCCCCGCCCUGGACCAUGGAGCCGCCUCCGUCCUACGACACCGUGAUGAAGAGCCAGGAGCACAGCGACCAGCUUUAACAUCUCACUCUGGCGGUCUUCGUGAUAGUGCCUUUUUUUUAUUUUUUAUUUUUUUUCAAGCAGUUGGUGC